AUGGCAGGUGGAAGCAGUGGAACGACGAGGGAGCUUGAUCAGACACCCACAUGGGCCGUGGCGAGUGUCUGUGCAGUCAUCAUCCUAAUUUCCAUUGCCUUGGAGAAGAUUCUUCACAAAGUUGGACAUUUGUUAACAGAAAGGCACAAGAGAGCUCUAUUUGAGGCUUUGGAGAAGGUUAAAGCUGAGUUGAUGAUUCUGGGUUUUAUUUCACUACUACUGACAUUUAGUCAGUAUUACAUCGCCAAAAUUUGUAUUCCGGUUAAAGUUGCUGACUCUAUGUUACCAUGUCCUGCGCAUGACAAAGCUGCCGCCAAAGAAGAGGCCAAAGAAGAGGAAAAUCGCCGGAGGCUUUUGUGGUAUGAGCAUAGAUUAUUAGCCGCUGGUGAAGACCCUUCUGGUUGCAAAGAGAAGGAGGGGGCUUUGAGGAGACAAGACAUAAAGGGCAGUGGCCAAAGAGCUUGCAUUUGUCGCACUUCUGAGGGGAAAGUGCCACUUAUAACUGUUGAUGGACUGCAUCAGUUACACAUCCUCAUAUUCUUCUUAGCUGUCUUUCAUGUGGUAUACAGUGCUGUUACUAUGGCGCUUGGGAGACUAAAGAUUCGUGGCUGGAAGCAGUGGGAGAAGGAGGUUUCGUCCCAUGACUAUGAGUUUUCCAAUGAUCCUUCAAGAUUCAGGCUUACGCAUGAGACAUCGUUUGUGCGCGCACAUACUAGUUUUUGGACCAAGAUACCAUUCUUCUUUUACAUUGGAUGCUUCUUUCGACAAUUUUUCAGGUCUGUUAGUAGAUCUGACUACUUGACCUUGCGGAAUGGAUUCAUCUCUGUCCAUUUGGCCCCUGGAAGUAAAUUUAACUUCCAAAAAUAUAUCAAGAGGUCAUUAGAGGAUGACUUCAAGACAGUUGUGGGGGUCAGUCCGGUGUUAUGGGCAUCGUUUGUGGUUUUCUUGCUUCUAAAUGUUAGUGGGUGGCGGGCAUUGUUUUGGGCAUCCUUAAUUCCUCCGACUAUAAUCUUAGCUGUUGGAACAAAGCUUCAAGCUGUUUUGACGAGGAUGGCUCUUGACAUCACAGAAAGACAUGCAGUGGUCCAAGGAAUGCCUCUUGUGCAAGGCUCAGACAAAUACUUUUGGUUUGGUCAGCCUCAGUUAGUUCUUCAUCUUAUCCACUUUGCACUAUUUCAGAAUGCAUUCCAACUAACAUACUUUUUGUGGAUAUGGUAUGAGUUUGGGCUGAAAUCUUGCUUCCAUGAUAAUUUCAACCUUGUAAUUGCGAAAAUUGCUCUAGGGGGAGGAGUCCUAUUUUUAUGCAGCUACAUUACACUACCACUGUAUUCCCUUAUAGCCCAGAUGGGUUCACACAUGAAGAAAUCUAUCUUUGAUGAACAAACAUCCAAGGCCCUUAAGAAGUGGCGUAUGGCUGUGAAGAAGAAAAAAGGAGGAAGGGCAGGAAAGUCCCCUACUCGAACUCUGGGUAAAGGAAGCCCUGAUGUUUCUUUGACUUCAACUGUGAACUCCUCUGGAGCUACACUUCAUCGCUUCAAGACCACUGGUCACUCAACUCGUUCGUAUACCUAUGAGGACCAUGAAACAUCUGAUUUUGAAGCAGAUCCAUCAUCUCCCAUAUCAUCAACAACCAGUUUGAUGAUACGAGUUGAUCAUGAUGAUUCAGAGACUGAGACAAGUGUACCCCAUCCUGGGGGAGAAACCAGGAAUGAAGAGGACUUCUCAUUUGUGAAGCUUGCUCCACUGAAGUGAGGAUGAUAGUGGUAAUGAAUGUAAAGUAGGCUGUGAUUGUACGAUUCCCACUCCCCUUUUCCAAUGUAUUACGAGGAAAUUGCAUAAUUAUUGUCAUGCUGUUUGGUUAAAUGUAACUGUGUAUCUCUUAGAUUUGGCCUCCUUUUCAUUGAUUGAAGUUUUUAAGUCCA